AUGACGAGCAAGCUUAUAGUAUAUCAUCCAAAGUCGGGACUAAAACAGGGACACUGGACUCCUGAGGAGGAUGAAAUACUCUUGCACAUUGUAAAAAAAUUUGGCCCACAUAACUGGGAAAAGAACUCUAUAUACCAUCCUACUCGGAACGGCAAGCAUAUGAGGGCACGAUGGCUAUGUCACUUAAGAGAAGGAGUUAACAAAAGCCCAUUCACAGAAGAAGAGGUCACCAUUGUUUACUAUAUGCAUGACAUAGAAAAAAAAGGAUGGGCCGAAAUUGCAAAAAGACUUGGCAAUGGACGCACGCCAAGCUCGUGUCAAAACGUAUAUUACAAAAUCGUCGCCAAGAAUCUUGAGAAUUAUCAAAAAUCUGCUAGCAGACGGUUGUCAGACAAAGAAAAGAUGGCAAUAGAUUCUCUUUUAACAGUGAAGCAUAUGGCUGAGAAUAAAAUGGAUAUCAAAGAAAAAAAUUCAACUGGAGAGAUGGGUUUGUCAAGUUUACAGAUAGAAGAUGUGGAGCAAAUGAAGACGGAAGAUUGUGAUAACUUUUACGCAGAUCGUUAUCCAACAAUAGUUUACAAUAACGAUUGCAAGCUUGAGAAAUAUCCUCUAAAGUCGGAACUAAAACAAGGACACUGGACUUCUAAGGAAGAUAAAAUGCUCUCGGACAUAGUAGAAAGAUUUGGCCCACAUAACUGGGAAAAAAAUUCUAUUUACCAUCCUACUCGAAACGGCAGGCAGAUGAGAGAACGAUGGCUAUCUCACUCACAAGGAGUCAACAAAAACCCAUUCACGGAAGAAGAGGUUGCCAUUGUUUACUACAUGCGUUGUAUAGAGCAAAAAGGAUGGGCAGAUAUCGCAAAAAGACUUGGCAAUGGACGCACCCCAAACUCGUGUAAAAACGUUUAUCACAAUGUCGUGGCCAAGAAUCUUAGAAGUUGUCCAAAAUCUGCUAGCAAAUAUGAAACUAUAUAUCAUGCAAUAACGACAGUGCCGUCAGCUAAGAAAAAGAGUUUUUCAUGA